AUGUUCUCCAAAAUUUGUACACUGAGCGCUGUAUUGGCGGUUGCCACGGCUGGUCUCCUACCCCAAUCUCAUUACUCUUCUGCAGCUGCUGUUUCAUCACAGAACAUAGUGCGGCAUGAUCAACAUGGUGUGGCUGCUGCUCCUAUCGCCUACCAUUCCGCUCCUGUGGCCUACCAGGCUUCUCCAGCACACUACUCUUCUGCUGCAGCAGUGUCAUCACAGAGCAUCCAGCGCCACCAUCAACCUCUAGCCGCAGUUUCCCACUACACCGCUACUCCUGUAGCCCAUUACGCUACUGCACCUAUUGCUCACUACACCUCUGCACCUGUAGCUCAUUAUGCUGCUCCCGUAGCCCAUUAUGCUGCUCCCGCAAACAGACUUGUGUCAGCUCAUGAAGAAGAAUACGCUCACCCCAAAUACGACUUCUCAUACUCCGUAGCUGACGGACACACUGGUGACAACAAGUCUCAACAAGAGAGCCGCGACGGUGACGCCGUGCACGGCGAGUACUCUCUGCUCGAAGCUGACGGCUCUGUGCGCACAGUUCAUUACACCGCUGAUGCACACAAUGGAUUCAACGCCGUGGUCAGCAACUCCGCGCCCGCUCAGGGACAUAUUCUUGCUCAUCAUUAA